AUGCAGUUCCUCACUCUCCUCACCACCGCCGUCAUUGCCGCCAGCUCGGCUGUUGCCCGCCCUGGCGACUACACUGGCCCUGGCGACUACACUGGCCCUGGCGACUACACUGGCCCUGGCGACUACACUGGCCCUGGCGACUACACUCCUCCUGCCGCAGGCUGCAAGCCGGGUACCUACUCCUGCGCUGAUGGCAAGUAUGGCAAGUAUGGCCAGCAAGGCUGGCAGGUCUGCGACACGUCUGCUCUCUGGGUGUACGGCGGUGACUGCCCUCCUCACACUGCAUGCUACUUCAACGAGCGGAACCAGAGCCCCUACUGCAUUUAG